GCACCACCCCCUUGGCUGUCCCCGGGCGCGUAGGAGCGACUAGUCUCUCGGCGCCGGAAAUCCGGGACACGUGACCAGGUGACAGCCUUCGCUCGGUGGCGGGGCUCGCUUGAGGUGCUGCGGCACGGGAUGGCGGAGGCGCCUCCGGUCUCAGGCACUUUUAAAUUCAAUACAGAUGCUGCUGAGUUCAUUCCUCAGGAGAGAAAAACUUCUGGUCUAAAUUGUGGGACCCAAAGAAGACUAGAUUCUAGUAGGAUUGGCAGAAGAAAUUAUAGUUCCUCGCCUCCCUGUCACCUUCCUAGACACAUCCCUUAUGAAGACAUCUCUGCUGUUCAUCAGCACAGUUAUGCCUCUGGAAGCAAACCUAAGAGUCCCCAGGGUUUUUUCCAGUCAUCUAAUAAAUCACUCAAGAACCAUGGCCUUCAGAAUCAGCCAUGGCAGAAAGCAAGGAAUGAAAAGCACCAAAACAGAAACAAGAAAGCACAAGGGCUCUCUGAGCAGACGUCAGAUACAUCUAGUUUAGAAAGUGUAGCCAGGUCAGAGAGUGGAACAAACCCGAGAGAGCACAGCCCUUCCGAGAGUGAGAAGGAGGUGGUUAUCGCAGAUCCCAGGGGAGCGAAACCCAAAAAAGCAGCACAGCUUACAUACAACUAUGGCAGAGGACCAAAGGCCAAAGGGAGACUCAGAAGCGAGUGGGGUAAUAGAAUGAGCCCAAAGUCUGAGGACGAAAAUACCAGACCCGUGGCGAUUUCCCACACUGACUCUUCAGAUGCCUCCUGUAGAAAACCUGUAGUGGAUCCAUGUGUGUGCAGGCGGAAUGAGCAGAGAAGAUAUCCCCAGAAAAGGCCUCCCUGGGAAGUGGAAGGGGCCAGACCACGGCCAGGCAGGAACCCACCAAAACAGGAGAGUCAGCGGCAUAUAAAUGCAGGGCCCAAAACCAACAUGUCCCCCAUUCCAAAGGAUAAUCUUAGAGAAAGACCAACGAAGUCAGCCUGUGACACUGGGAAUUUGGCAGUUGUCAGCAAGUCUUCGAGAAGGGUUAACCAAGAGAAAACUGCUGUAAGGAGACAGGAUCCCCAAGUGCUAUCUCCUUUUCCCAGAGGCAAACAGAACCAUAUGCUGAAGAAUGUGGAAACACAUACAGGUUCCCUGAUUGAGCAGCUAACUACAGAAAAAUACGAGUGUAUGGUAUGCUGUGAGUUGGUUCAGGUCACAGCCCCGGUGUGGAGCUGUCAGAGCUGUUUUCAUGUCUUUCAUCUGAACUGCAUCAAGAAGUGGGCACGCUCUCCAGCAUCGCAUGCAGAUGGCCAGAGUGGUUGGAGGUGCCCUGCUUGUCAGAAUGUUUCUGCACAUGUUCCCAAUACCUAUACUUGUUUCUGUGGCAAAGUAAAGAAUCCUGAAUGGAGCAGAAAUGAAAUUCCACAUAGUUGUGGUGAGGUUUGUAGAAAGAAACAGCCUGGCCAGGACUGUCCACAUUCCUGUAACCUUCUCUGCCAUCCUGGACCCUGCCCACCCUGCCCUGCUUUUACAACUAAAACAUGUGAAUGUGGACGGACCAGGCACACGGUUCGCUGUGGUCAGCCUGUCUCAGUCCACUGUUCUAAUGCAUGUGAGAAUAUCUUGAACUGUGGUCAGCACCACUGUGCUGAGCUGUGCCAUGGGGGUCAAUGCCAGCCUUGUCGGAUCAUACUGAACCAGGUGUGCUACUGUGGCAGCACCUCCCGAGAUGUGUUGUGUGGAACCGAUGUGGGAAAGUCUGAUGGAUUUGGGGACUUCAGCUGUUUAAAGAUAUGUGGCAAGGACUUGAAGUGUGGGAGCCAUACCUGUUCUCAGGUUUGCCACCCUCAGCCGUGUCAGCCUUGCCCACGGCUCCCCCAUUUGGUGCGAUACUGCCCUUGCGGCCAAACACCUCUCAGCCAGUUGCUGGAACAUGGAAGUAAUGCUCGGAAAACAUGCAUGGAUCCUGUCCCUUCCUGUGGAAAAGUGUGUGGCAAACCCUUGGCCUGUGGUUCCUCAGAUUUCAUCCACACCUGUGAAAAGCUUUGCCAUGAAGGAGACUGUGGGCCGUGCUCUCGCACAUCAGUCAUUUCCUGCAGAUGCUCCUUCAGAACAAAGGAACUUCCGUGUACCAGUCUUAAAAGUGAAGAUGCUACAUUUAUGUGCGACAAACGGUGUAACAAGAAACGAUUGUGCGGACGGCAUAAAUGUAACGAGAUCUGCUGUGUGGACAAGGAGCACAAGUGUCCUUUGAUUUGUGGGAGGAAACUCCGCUGUGGCCUUCAUCGGUGUGAAGAACCUUGUCAUCGAGGGAACUGUCAGACCUGCUGGCAAGCCAGCUUUGAUGAAUUAACCUGCCACUGUGGCGCCUCUGUGAUCUACCCACCAGUUCCCUGUGGGACUAGGCCUCCUGAGUGUACCCAAACCUGUGCCAGGAUCCAUGAAUGUGACCAUCCAGUAUAUCAUUCUUGUCAUAGCGAGGAGAAGUGUCCCCCUUGUACUUUCCUAACUCAGAAGUGGUGCAUGGGCAAGCAUGAGAGACAAUAGGAAGUGUGUCCUUGGGGUCAGCACAAAGCAGCUAACCGAGCUGUUGUCCAGGGGCCAGGCCACAUCUCAAGCCUGCAGCAGAACUUGGCAUUGUAAGAAUUACCUACCACAUGAUACUGGUUUGGAAGGCACAAAAAGGUCAUGGAAACCAGCUGAAGCCAGACACUGUAUGGCAGGGUCCAAGUCCCUACAGAGAGUCGUGCAGAAGCCAUUGGUGAAAGUGAAGCUUCAGUAGCAAUGGAGAGAGACCCCACAGUCCUGGAGAUGCCAGAAGUGCUGAGAGCUGCUGCUGUGGCGUCGAUCCAGCCUAAGGAAGAAGCUCUGUGCCUGCGGAUGCGAGUUGAAGAAGUGAGGCUGCCUACGCCCUCUGGAGCCUGGAAGAUAAUAUUAUGAUUGAGUUCCGCGUGUUGGACAUUGAACUACAGGAUUUUGGUUUUGCUUUAGCAUAGCUGUUUUUAUGCCCUAGUUCCUCCCUUUUGGAAUAAGAAUGUUUAAGUAUGUAACUUGUUUUUUAUUUUGCAGGAGCUCACAAUUAAGAAACUUUGGACUUUUAAAGAGACUUUGGACUUUUGAAGUGUUGGAAUUUUUGAAGACUUUGGGGGGCUUUUUUGGAGUUGGACUAUAUUUUAUAUUAAGAUAUUACCAUGAGAUUUGGGGAUAAGAAAUGGAAAGUUAUUGCACAAAGUAACAUGUUUGUGUGCUAAGUUGACAUGGGAUGAAUUGUGCUGGUUUAACUGUCAACUUGACAACCUAGAGUCACCCAGAGUCUUAGUGAGGAAUUGUUUAGAUCAGAUUUGGUCUAUCGGUAUGUCUAUGGGAGAUUGUCUUGAUAGUUCAUUGAUGUGGGAAAACACAGCCCACUAUGAGUGGCACCAUUCCCUAGGCAGAAAAUCCUAAACUGUAUGAAUGGAAAAAUCAAGCUGAGCAGCAAGCAAACAACAUGCAUGUAUUCAUUUCUCUCCUCCCUUGACUGUGGAUGUGAUAUGACUAGCUGCUUGAGUCCCUGCCUUGACUUAAUGCAAUAAUGAACUGUACCCUGGAAUUGUAAGCCAAAUAAACCCUUUCCUCCUCUAUGUUUCUUCUUGUCAGGCUAUUUUAUCACAGCAACAGAAAUGGCAAGGGUCCUGUGACUGAUGUAUAUACCCAGCCCAGUGGAAAAAAAAAAGUGUUGUAUUACCAGGGUUAUGUGAUACAUGCUUCUCCUACUCCAAGAUGAUAUGUUUCCUAACCUGCUCUGGUUACUUCAUAACAUAACUCUUGACAUCUGUAACAUGUUCUCAUUGUUCUUUUAUCUUUAAUGAACUUUUAUUUUCUGUACUUAUUUCCUGUGCUAGUUCUUUUUGGUUUUUAAGACAGUUUUACUGUGUAGCCCUGUGUAGCCAUGAACUCAGAGAUCCACCUGCCUCUGCCUCCCAAGUGCUGGAAUUAAAGGCAUGAGCUGCACUGUCUAGCCUCCUGUGAUAGCUCUUAAGUCUCUAUAAAUUUUGUGUGUGUGUUUGUGUGUUUGCUUGCUUGCUUUGAGGUAGGAUUUUAUAUUGGCCUUGAACUUGCCAUAUAGCCAAACAUCUUGAAAAUCAUGUUUCUCUUGCCUCUGUGUCUUAGGUACUGGGAUUACAGGCAUGUGCCACCCUAUCCAGAUUGUGAAUCUUACUUUCUGUUAGUUUACCUACCAGGAAAUACUCAUUUAUUAUCUUUACUCAAUGAAUAAUAAUUGAGUUCCCAAUCUAGGCCAGGUAACAGUGUAGAUGUGGGGUCACACCCCUGCCUUUAUGGAUCAAUCGUUCAGAGAUGAGUGUGUUGUUAGAAACAGACAAUUGUAAGCAGAAUAGUUUGAGGACUGUGGAGUCCUAGGGAGACAGAUCUUGCCCAAGAAGGCAUUGUAGAGGAAGUAACUCUACAGGACACUUAAGAUCUAAUGAUCAGCUGUGAGGCGUGAGAGGCCAGUGCACAGCAUAAGCAGAAGGCACCUCUGCGUCCAAAGCCACUGAGAGGAAGGUUGGGAGCUUGAGGCCAGCCUGGGUUACCCCGUGUCAAGUCAUGUGUUACUUAGAUAAAAAUUAUCUCUACAUUUCAAGGGCUCUUGAAGGAAUUUGAGUGAAUAUAUAAAAGUAACCCUGAAGCUGAGCAUAGUAGCUUACACCUGUAAUCCCAGCACUUGGGGAAGUGUAAGAAGGAGGAUCAGGAGUUCAAAGCCAGCCUGUACUGCAAGAGCCUAUUUUACCCCCCCCCCAAAAAAGUCAUCUUUGAUCCCAUAGUAAUAAAUUUCCAAUGUGUUCUCCAACCAUUGGAAACCUAGAAGCAGGUAAUUUCUCAAGAAAUAAAAUGAGUUGGGAGUUCC